CCUCCAUUGCAAAGUGACGCACAGAGACUUGCCAGUAAAGCGGAUUGAAGUGUAGAAAGCCUUGGGCUGGUUUGUCAGCAAAAUUAAAGAUUUCGAAUAUCAGUUAUAAUGUUAUGGAUUAUUUUGUGUGAUGAUACUCCAUCCUUCCAAUUUUAGUUGCAAAUAAAUCUGUUUAUCAACAGGGAGAUCUAACGACAUCUGGCAAUGUUUGCUAAACUCAAAGAGCGUGUGGAGAAGUUUCUAAACGAGAAGAACUUUGUAACGGAUUUCCUUGGAAAGAUCGAGGAGAAAACUGGGAUUAAAAAAAAAAUUCUCGCCAUUGGUGCAGUGUCUGUAACAGGACUGUAUUUAAUCUUUGGGUAUGGUGCCUCCCUGCUUUGCAACUUGAUUGGCUUUGUAUACCCAGCGUAUUACUCCAUCAAAGCCAUUGAGAGUCCCAACAAGGAUGACGAUACCAAAUGGCUAACCUACUGGGUUGUGUAUGGCAUCUUCAGCGUGGGUGAAUUCUUCUCUGACAUCUUCCUGUACUGGUUCCCAUUCUACUAUGUUGGAAAGUGUCUCUUUUUGCUGUGGUGCAUGGCGCCCGUCGCAUGGAACGGCUCUCAGGUGUUAUACACGCGUGUGGUGAGGCCGUUCUUCCUCAGACACGAGGCCGCGGUGGACAGUGUAGUCAGCGAUUUGAGUGGGAAGGCCAUGACGGCAGCGGAGAGCGUGACGAGAGAAGUCCUACACACACUGGUGAAAAACAAGAAAAUUCUCCCUGCAGAGACAGCAGCCAAAGAGCUACCCAGCCCAUCUCCUGAUCUCAGUGUAGACUAACUCGCAGUCCGGUGAGUCCAGCCAUGAGAAGUCCCAGUGAUCUGGUCAGUUAUGGAAACCCACAUCUCCUGCCCUCGAUUUGAUUCCUUGGAUUUUUUCCCCACCUGCACAAACUGAUGUACCAACCUUUGACAUACAGUAAUGGAAGAGAACAGUUCGAGUAGGACUGCGAUACCAACCAAACCUAACUACUGUGUAACAAUGUUCAGAUUUAGGGAAAGCAUUUAUAUGAGAAUCCUUUCUCAACAGUUCAGCAGUGUCCACAGAUGACCAUGUGCACCAAUUCUAACGUGGAAUUUUAAACUUUAGUAUCUUUGGUUUACAAAUAGUAUAGCAAACAGUUUGGAGGUCUGUGGAGGUCACAUAAAAUUAGCAAAAUUUGUCAACAGUGGCCCAUGAGGUGGUUUGCUGCUUCUCUAGGCACAUUUUUAUGCUUUUACAUCUAUAAAGGGUUGUUUGGUAUUUGUUUGUUUUGCCAGGCCUUUAAAUCUCUGAUUUAAUCAACAUGUUUUUAGCUAGCUUUAUAUUUACCUUCACAUAAGUACUGUUGUUGUUUAUGAAUGUCUUUUAGCCAUACACCGAGAGUUAAUCUGCUUAGAUUUAGUUCACCAUCACUUGCUUUGAAGUAUUUAAUUAACUAACAAAUGCACUGGUUAGAAAACAGUCUGAGCAAUAAAUUGGUUUUCAGGGCAUUAUUCUUUUUUUAGCCAUUUCUAAUUUAAGCAUAUUCACAAUCAUUGAAUUUCCCUGUUCACAAUAUAUCCUGCAUCAUGUAACUAAAACAAGCAGCAUUGAGCUUAAAAGAAUUGAUAUACACUUAAUACGGAAUUCACUUCAUAGAUUAUGCUGCUGAUUUUUCAAUGUUUGUGUUUUGAAUACAGUGACAAGACUAUGGCAGACAUUUUAAUUGAUUGUGUCAAGUAUUUUAUAUGAGCGGUGCACAUGGUUUUAAUUUGGAGUUUAACUGAAAUAAUGUAGUGGAAGGAAAACUUUGAUUGUCUUUUAUAUGUUUUUUCUACUAAUAAAAACUGUGAAUAAGAAAA